CGAUACGCGUCUCAUCCGUCAGCUUCAAGGUCCUUCGUCUUCGAGGAUAUCGUCGCGUUACUGGCGAUUCGUAGACCUGGGACGGAAAAAAAUAACUGCACGAAUUCGUUCUUCAGCCAGACUUCAGGGAAAUAAUUCAAAAAUUCACGAUGAAAGGAAUUACGCACGUUGCCCAAUUGUCACGUUGCCAUCUCCUUCUUCUGGUACUUUUUCUUUCGGGAUGCGCCAACGCGGAGAUUGAGAGACGCACCACGCGGCAAAUGGUGGAGGAUGCGCCGGAAAAUCUGGCACCGAAUUUGAACAAAGAUUGCGGGAAAUCGUACAGUGCCACGUGCCUUAAGUUGGACGUGGUAUCCUUCCUGGAUAAAUUGUCGGAGCAGGAAAACAUUGGUAUCCUGCCGGGUGUAUCUGUGAUCAAAGAGAACAGUUCCGCCGAUGUCCCAGCAUCGGAAGUAGUCGCCAAUUUGGCGAGGGAUUUCCCGAAUGACGUUGAGAAAAGGCUGGAUGCCUAUUUAAUUCACAAGGUCGGUAGUUAUCUUAACAGUCACUCGAUCUCCAUCAAACUUUUCGAUCCAAAGACUUUUGAAGCUACCAGGAGCUUCAACGAAGAGACACUUGCGCAACUGGGCUUAGGUGGCAAUCAAAAUGUUGAAACAGGACGUAAAAAGGACAAGGGUGGCAUGGGCGGCUUGAUGGCCGGUCUAAUGAUGAUGAAAGGAACCCUCGGCGCAGUUGGAUUCGGCGCACUUGCGCUCCUCGCCGGAAAAGCUCUGAUGACCGGUCUCAUGGCGCUGAUGUUAUCAGCUAUCAUUGGAUUGAAAUCCUUAACUCACGGGAGUGAUAAGAAGACCACGUAUGAAAUCGUUAGCAAACCGGUGUACUCCAGCUCGCAUACGCACAGCACGGAGGAACAUCACGGACACGGAUACGGACACUCCGGAUACGGAAGGUCCCUCGAUACCGUACACGACUCUCUUCAGCAGGCCGUGCUCAAAUACGGCAACGCGCACGACCGUAGAUCGCUUCUGCAGAAUUAAAAUCAUCCAAUCAACUUCGAAGUGUUCGCACACAUCGCCGGUACACGAUAAAACCUUUAGCACAUCUCUACCUCACCGACUUUCCUUACUGUUUCUUUUCCUUCAUCCUCAAGCACUAUCAACUUUUUCCCCUACUCUGUCUGCGUCUUCUCUUCAUCUCGCUCUGUAAUACUUCAUCUUUCGUCUUCCUUCUUCGCCAUCAUGACACUUUCUGCCUUCUAAGAUCUCGUUCACUCUCAUUUCAUCGUUCCAUAAAUUAUCACCUUUAUUAUUAUAGUCAUAUAGGUAUUUAUUGCGACUACUGUUGCAUUUUUGAUGAUACCUAUCGAGAAAGCGUAUCAUCGUCGAGCACGCAGAGUUGCCCAUUGAUCAUGUACAUGAUUUUUGGAUAUUUAUUUCGUUAUUGUAAAGUUGUAAUAAUAAAUAACAUUUGUAAAAACAUA